AAGAUGGCAGCUGUUCAGAAAGAAUUUCACAAUAUUUCUUCAUUUUUAGGCGUUUCUUGUGGUAAAAUAACUCAAGAUGGUUCGGUUCCUGUAUUAAAAGGUAAAGCUAAAGGUUAUACAACUAUUCUAAAACAUCUGACGAGACAAUCAAAAAAUACUUCAUUAUUUGGUAAAAACAGUGAAGACCAGGCUGCCAUAGAUCAAUGGUUAGAAUAUAGAGUUGUCUCCCUUGAUAGAUGUUCUACAGAGAAGGAUGUACACAAUAGACUCAAUGAAUUGAAUAGUUAUUUGAAAGAUAAAGUAUAUUUUGUUGGAAAUGAUUUAUCACUAGCAGAUAUUAGUAUAUUUCAAGCUCUUUAUAAUAUUCUAAGUGGUAUGACAUUUUAUGAAAGAGAAAAAGUUCUUCAUUUAUCAAGAUGGUACAACCAUUUACAACACUGUGAAGAAUUGAGACAGAAUUUAUCAGUAUUAAUAUUCUCUAAAACAUUAUUAUAUUAUUAAUAUUAAAUAUACUACCUAGCUCUUUC